UAAGUGUGGCUUCCACUACUUUCAGCAUCGGCGGUAGCAGCUGUUGGUAUGGCGUCUAAUCUACCUACCUCUACGAUAGUCCGAACAUGCUUCAAUUGCGGAGAUCCGGGGCACUUUGCUCGACGGUGCCCGCAUCGGCAAGGUCAAGGGAACGCCAUCGUGCCAUCUUCGGCUCCUCUUCUAACUAUGCCCUCUUCGUCCAAUUCUGCUGUUGGAGUAGUGGCGAAUCAGUACAAGGGCAGCGGGUGGUAUGAAGCGAAACAACGUUUGAUCGUGUUAGAGAGUACUGUAGCAGAGAUCAAGUUACGACACGACGCGGAAGUACAGGAGGAGAAGAGUCGGAAAGAAGAAGAAGAUAAGAAGUUGAGAGAAAAGGAGGAUGAGGAGAGACGUGCGAAGGAUAAGAAGGAAAGAGAAGACUUUCAGAAGCAAAUGAUGACUACGAUGAAUCAGAGGCGAGACAAGAUGGACGAGUCAAUCAACAAGAAGAAUGGAGGUCAGAACCGUGAAGUCGAGGCGUUGAAGAACGAAGUGGACAGGUUGAAGAAGAUGCAGAUUCAUGGAGGAAAUUCAUCAACAAUGAAUAAGAACACCACCGAUAGUGACGAAUUUAUCUGCAGACUGCUACGUGACCAAGAUGCCAUAAAGGCCAGAUUAGAUGAGGCGUUGACCGCGCCACGGAGGCUGGAUACUAUGGAGAAGGAGAUGAGCUCUUUGAGGCAGAUGAGGGACGACGCGAUUACUGAAACCGAGCAAUGGAGAAUUGAAGCACUGCGUCCUGGUAAUAAACGCGGGUGUGUCGUCGUUACUCCAGGAACGCAAGGACGCGCUCGACCACGUGCCACUCCUCUUAAGUCUCCCGAAGUUGUUGUUGACUAUGCUGGUCUUGUGCACCGACACUCGUUGGAGGUCAAGACUCUGCAAGAUCUAAGGCUAAAAGAACUUAAUGCGAGAAGGGAGGUAGAGCAGGAGUUGGAGAGAUUGAAGGAGGAAAACGCAAGGUUGGAGGUUGCCCAGCGACCGCGAGGAACUGAUCUGUGCAGGCGAAUGGAGGAGGCUGGUCGGUCAACAGGAAAAGGAAAAACAAAGGCUACCGAUGCGGAAUCAUCUCGUGUUAACGACAAGCAGGCCUUUAUCAAAGCAGAGAAGAAGACUUUGGGCAAUUUGAAGAAGGAUGAUAUUACUGCGAUUUGCGUGAAGGAGGGUGUAAAGUAUACUACCUUGAAGCAGAGUGUUGAAGAAAUUAUUUAUGUUCGUGUAAAGAGGAUGUAUCCAGGCGAUGAUGGAGGAAAGAUACAUGAUGUUCCGGACGAUAGCAACGAGGGCCAAUUGGACGACGGUAAGCUGGCUGAUGAUGUUUCCGCUGACUCUUAGGGUUAUCCCUAAGCGUGUCUGAGCUUUGACACCUA